GGCUCUUCUGGUAUUCUUACUGCCCCAGUGGGUCAGUGCUGCUGGGGUGGGGUGUCCGUGCAGCCUCUGGAGGGAGGGAGGGAGGGUCAUUCCCCCAGGGGUCUUCUAGCCUCUCCCUCUUCUCUGCCCCCCUCCCUGCCCAGGUGCUGCAGGCCCAGCUGGACACCCUUCGGCAAGGGCAGGAGAACAUCCUCAGCAGCUGCAGCUUCACGGAGCAGGCUCUGGACCACGGCUCUGAGACGGAGGUGCUGCUCGUGAAGAAGCAGAUGACGGAGCGGCUGAGUGAGCUGGCGGGGCGGGAGUUCCCCGAGCAGCCCCACGAGAACGCCCAGGUGGACUAUGUGGUGGAGACGGAGGGGGUGCGCAAGUCCAUCCUCAACCUGGGGGUGCUGCUGACCACCAGCGCCACUGCCCACAAGACAGUGGCCACAGGAGAGGGGCUGCGCCACACGGUGGUGGGCCAGGCCACGUCGCUCACCAUCACCACCAAGGAUAAGGACGGGGAGCUGGUGCGGAGCGGGAGCGCCUGCCUGCAGGCCGAGGUGGCGGGUCCCGACGGCUCAGCUGUGGGCCUGGAGGUGCUGGACAACAAGAACGGGACCUACGAGCUGCUGUACACCCCCCGCCACGAGGGCGACCACCUGCUCUCCAUCCGCCUCUACGGCCAGCCCAUCCGAGGCAGCCCCUUCCGUGUCAAGGCCGUGAAGGCUUCCGAUGUGCCGCCCUCCCCGGACGACGUCAAGCGCCGGGUGAAGUCCCCCAGCAGCGGCCACAUCCGCCAGAAGGCAGUGCGCCGCCCCUCCAGCAUGUACAGCAGCGGCAAGAAGAAGGAGAACCCCAUCGAGGACGAGCUGAUCUUCCGCGUAGGCAGUCGUGGCCGGGAGAAAGGUGAAUUCACAAACCUGCAAGGCAUUUCCACCUCCAGCAACGGGCGCAUUGUGGUGGCCGACAGCAAUAACCAAUGCGUGCAGGUCUUCUCCAACGAGGGCCAGUUUCGGCUGCGCUUCGGCGUGCGGGGCCGUUCCCCUGGGCAGCUGCAGCGCCCCACGGGGGUCACCGUGGACCUCAACGGGGACAUCAUCAUUGCCGACUACGACAACCGCUGGGUCAGCAUCUUCUCCCCAGAGGGCAAGUUCAAGACCAAGAUUGGGGCAGGCCGCCUGAUGGGCCCCAAGGGCGUGGCCGUGGACCGCAAUGGGCACAUCAUCGUGGUGGACAACAAGGCCUGCUGCGUCUUCAUCUUCCAGUCCAACGGGAAGCUCGUGGCCAAGUUUGGGAGCCGCGGCACGGCAGAGCGGCAGUUUGCAGGUACCCUCAAUGGGCCUCACUUCGUUGCUGUCAACAACAAGAAUGAGAUCGUGGUCACUGACUUCCACAACCACUCUGUGAAGGUGUACAGUGCUGAUGGAGAGUUUCUCUUCAAAUUUGGCUCGCAUGGCGAGGGGAACGGGCAGUUCAAUGCCCCGACGGGUGUGGCUGUGGACUCCAAUGGGAACAUCAUUGUGGCCGACUGGGGCAACAGCCGGAUUCAGGUCUUUGACAGCUCUGGUUCCUUCUUGUCCUACAUCAACACCACAGCAGACCCCCUCUAUGGGCCGCAGGGCCUGGCCCUCACUUCAGACGGACACGUGGUCGUGGCCGAUUCUGGGAACCACUGUUUCAAGGCCUACCGAUACCUGCAGUAAUCUGGGGGAG